AUGAUGUAUAUGGUCGAUCGCACGGACUACCGAACAGAGCUUCUAGAAGGCCUGAAGGGAAUUCGGUCGCAGGCAGCUAAAAAUGUACAGGAAGCGCAAGCAGCAGCCAAAUCCUAUUACGACAAACGUUGGAAUGCCAAAACGAGCCAGUUCAAAGCGGGUGAGAGGGUACUGGUGUUGGCUCCAACGCAGGCGAGAAGAUGCUCACAUCCGAAGCUCGCACCUAGAUUUAACGGCCCGUAUCGGAUUCUGGAACUGUCCGAUAGCAGUGCACUGGUGAAGCAGAUUUAUGGGCAAGAAGAGGCAAUUGGACCAUUUGAAGAAGGUUCCUGA